AUGGCCGUUCUCAGAGCCAGGCACCUCGUUGCUACUACCCGUCACGGCGCAGCAAGAUCUCCCUCCACCUCGGGAGCCACGGCGGUCGUGUCUGGCGACUUGCAAGCACGCUUCUUCUCCCAAGUUCCUGGUUGCAAGUUCGAUUCUUUGCCGGAUCCAUCAGCGCCGAGUCGAGGGGAAGCUGUAGCUGGUGCUGGGUUUUCCGCCUUGAUGCCUCUUCCUCGCAAGCUCUGGUUUGAUGCUGAGAAGCACUUUUGGCAGAGCAAGACGUCUCGCCGUGGCCGUGGUCAAUGCGACCGAACGGAUAGUUUGGCGGUCCUCUCAAGGCACAAGGUGCCGAAGGCCCCCAGGGUGCGCGUGGUUGGCAUCGUCAACCCCCUCGGAUAA